GGAAGAAGGGAGGGAGGGAAGGAGGGAGGGAGGGAAGGAGGAAGAGGCCGGAUGGUGGGAGCAGCGCAGGGGGCGGGGGGAAGCAGGGCCGAGGGCGGGGGGAAGCAGGGCAGAGGGCGGGGGGAAACAGGGCAGAGGGCGGGGGGAAGCAGGGCAGAGGGAGGGGGGAAGCAGGGCAGAGGGAGGGGGGAAGCAGGGCAGAGGGCGGGGGGAAGCAGGGGAGAGGGCGGGGGGAAGCAGGGCAGAGGGCGGGGGGAAGCAGGGCAGAGGAUGGGGGGAAGCAGGGCAGAGGAUGGGGGGAAGCAGGGCAGAGGAUGGGGGGAAGAGGGGCAGAGGAUAG